CCGUUCUCCCCGUUUUUUCCCUCAAAACGGCGGGCGAGCACCGCCGCCGCCCCCCCCUUAACGGCGGGCCCGGCCUCCCUUUGUGGAGGACUCCGCCGCCUCUAUGGCUCCCCGCUGCCCAGAGCGCCGCCGGGGCGGGGCGGGGACCGGGACCGGGACCGGGAGCGGGCGGCAUGGCGUGCGGCCGGGGGGCUCUGAUCGUGCUGGAAGGGGUGGACAGGGCCGGCAAGAGCACGCAGGGCCGGCGGCUGGUGGAGGCGCUGCGGGCCGGCGGGCACCGCGUCGACCUCCUCCGCUUCCCCGGCCUUCAAUGAAAGAGAAACUAUGUCAAGGGGUCACGCUUGUGGUUGACAGAUAUGCCUUUUCUGGAGUGGCCUUCACAAGCGCCAAGGAGAACUUCUGCGUGGACUGGUGCAAACAGCCCGACAUAGGACUCCCAAAGCCAGAUCUGAUUCUGUUUCUUCAGUUAAGCCCAGAGGAAGCAGCAGCACGAGGAGACUUCGGAAGUGAACGUUACGAGAACAGCCUCUUCCAAGAGAAAGUUCUACAGUCCUUCUGUCAUCUGAUGAAGGACAAGACGUUAAAUUGGAAGAUAAUUGAUGCUUCAAAGAGCAUAGAAGACUUGCACAGAGAAAUUAAGUCCAUUGCAGAGGAAACCAUGCUGGAGGUACAGAAUAAACCUUUGGGAGAACUCUGGAAAUAAAACUUAAUACAGGUUAUUCUUUUAGACCUACCAGAAAAUUCACCUCUUGGACCUUCCUUGGGUGGAUGACAUCUCUACAUCACGUUCUAGUUACUACAGCUUAGGUCACGUGUAUUCUUCCUGGUCCAGCAUGGUACUGGUGUGCUUUUGACUGUGCCUGCUUCUCCUCUUCCAUUCUCCAUGGCCCCCGCUGCUUUUUUUAUAAGCAAGCAUACAGAGAGCACAAAACAUUCCUUGUGAAAGCUUCCCUGCUUCAGGUAGGAUCUCUUGUUGUAGGCUUGGUCCUGUAAUGUAGAUUUGGAUACUGAGCCCAGAGCUUCCCCAAACGUGAUCCGCAGCAACAGGUGGGGAACAGCCUUCCCAUAUUUGAAGUUCCAGAGAACUACCAUGUUUCUGGUUCUUCUUUCUCUCUAGUGGAAUGCAUCCCAUGUGCUAAAACCAGCUCUUAUAAUGCUUUCUAAUAAAUUACUCUUUUAAACGUUU